GAAACCAUCAUUAAAAGCACAAAGCCAAAGAAGGGAGAAUAUAACAGAGAAUCACCAGGAAUACAAGAAGGGUUCUGUGGAAGCAUCAAUGGAAACACAGAUGCAGAUACCGGAGCAGCAACAAUCACAGAUGCUGCGCAUGAAGAAAUCAGGAAUUAUUAGUUUCAGUGACAGCCCAAUGAAUGAAGACAAGGAGGAGGAGAUGACAAAGUCAGCUCUUUCUGUGUUUCGGGCUAAGGAAGAAGAGAUCGAGAGGAAGAAGAUGGAAGUCAGGGACAAGGUUCAGGCUCAGUUGGGCCGCGUGGAAGAAGAAACCAAGAAGUUGGCUGAGAUUCGCGAGGAGCUUGAAGCUCUUGCAGAUCCAAUGAGGAAGGAAGUUUCAAUUGUACGAAAGAAGAUCGAUGUGGUCAAUCGAGAGUUAAAGCCAUUGGGACAGACCUGCCAGAAGAAGGAAAAGGAAUACAAAGAAGCCCUUGAAGCUUUGAAUGAGAAGAACAAGGAAAAAACUCAACUGCUAACCAGAUUGAUGGAGUUGGUGAGCGAAAGUGAGAAAGUAAGGAUGAAGAAGCUGGAGGAGCUGAGCAAGAACAUAGAUUCCCUUGUCUAA